ACAUUUACACAAGUCAAUUUAUUGGAUAUACUAGUUCUCAUCAAUUAUAUAAAAGUAUAGAAAGUGAAAUGCCAAUAAAGUUACAUACUUCUAUUGAAAUAAAGAAUGAAUAUGAAGAGACAGAUGUAAAUAAAUAUGUUUCGCGCCAAGAAUAUGAAGAUAUUUUUGAAGAUAUGACAGAACAAGAAAAACAAGACGCUAUUACGAUCAUGAAUUGA